AUGAUUAGAAGUUCCGAUCUGGACUCCUUUGUCUGUUGUGCUGUAUCUUCAAAAGUACUACCACCACCUUCCAAUGCCACUUUUAAUCGGAUUCGGGAGUAUAAGCCUUUCAGAACACGGUUUUACACACAUCGUGAUAUCCUGGAGAUAGGAGCAGGCAUUCAACAAGAUGAGCAGAAAGAGAAGGAGAAAGAGAUACAAGAGAACAUUAAAAAAAUGAAAGCUGAACUUUGGGCUCAGGCUGAAACAUACAAGAAGGAUGCCGUGGAUAAAGCUCUUGAAGAGGCAGCCGCUAACCACAAUGCAUUUGUACAAGACCUUAAAGAAAAACUUGGAAAGGAAUUAAAGGAAGAGGUGAGGAAGGCAAAGGCAGAAAUGCAACAUUUCAUGGAGGAUGAGUGGAAGAGAGAGGUUGAAGCUGUGGAGCAGCGCAUGGCUCACCGACUUCAGUGCGCCCUCAUGGAGUGUGCCAAAGAGAAGAUGCAAGCUGUGGCUGAAGCCAGGAGACAGGAGAGGGUGGCGGCCCUGACUGAAGCAGCCAGGCAGCACAG